AUGGACAAUCGGCAAAUUCACACGAGUUUCUUGUUUCGGUUUAAGCCAGGCCAAAAAGCUGCCGAGACGGGUCGCAGUAUCAAUGAAGCGUUUGGGCCCGGAACCACUAACGAACGCGGAUUCGAUCGACACUCUCAUCUCCUGCUAAAGUCAUCUACUCCGGAGAAACUUUUACCAAAUUCCGUAUCAAUGAAAAUAGUGUUACAAAUUUUGUUGGCUUCUUUCUUUGCCAGCGGCUACGCACAGUAUGGUGCCAUCUACGGUUUCGAGUACGGUUAUGGAAUUCCACCUCCCGUACCACCACCACCAUAUCCUAUUUAUCAGCCUUAUGGAUAUGUGUACGGAUAUGAUCCGCAGCCUGGUUCAGUGGAAAGCAUUGUCGGAGGAGCUUUAAUGGCAUUAAUUGAUCACUCUGGGAGCUUUGAAGGCAUCGAAGCUCUGGACGUGUUCCGGGUUGCUCUUCACACUAAUGCUAGCAGCUCUACCCCAAAGCUUCUCUCCACCACUGGAGCAAUCCUGACAUCGAACACAUUCCUGUUGCCGUUGAUCGUUAGAGAACACUAUCGCAGAACAAAAUUUUUGAAGCGUCACGAGAUUCUCUUCCCAAGAAAGAAAAUGAACUAUUCACUUCUAUUCGUUACCGUUCUCGCACUGUUCUGCUCACCAGGCAUUGCUCAGUAUUCCUAUUACUACGGUUACUCACCAUACUAUUGGUACCCCGGAUACGGCUAUGGAUACGGAUACGGUUAUCGAAGAGGACAAGUUGCCAGAGGUGCCCUUGCUGGCGCAGCGAUUGGUGGACUUGUCGGCGCAUUGGCUGGGAAAUGA